AUGCCUGCUACUAAGUCUUUAGCGGAAUUAUCUGAAAACAAUUCAAUUUUACCCAAAUUUUCAAAAACACCGAAAAAUUUCAAUACGAAUAUUUUAGUCGUUGGUGGUUCUUACGCUGGUCUUUCAACAAUAAGAGCAUUGCAAGUAAAUUUGACGAAUAAAAUUAAAGAAUAUAUCAAAGCUGAACCAUUAAAAAAGAAAAUAACAAUAACUUUAAUUGAACCAAGAAAUGGAUUUUUAAAUAUUUUAGGAAUACCUAAAUGUAUAGUUGAUUUGGAAUUUGCUAAAACUCAAUAUAUUCCAUUCAAUAAACUAGAUCAUCUUAGAUUCAAUCAUAUAAUUUCAAAUAAUAGUGAUACUAAUUUUGAUGACAGUUGGUAUGUUUCAGAAAAUAAGGAAGAGAUUUCAAAAAAUAUUGAAAUAAAUUUCAUACAUGGAGAAUGUACAUUUUUGGAUACAUCAAUAGCUAAAUAUAAGCUUAACACAAAUGAAAUUGAUGUUGAAGAUACAAAGAUUGAAAAUUUAAUGGGCGAAGUUGAAUUUGAUUAUGUAGUCAUGGCAUCAGGAAGAGAUAGAAAUUGGCCAACUACUCCAAAAUCACAAACUAAUGAUAUAUACCUUGAAGAAAUGUCAAAAGCUUAUAAAAAAAUAUCAAACGCCGAAACAAUAUCUGUAAUUGGUGCAGGAGCAGUUGGGAUUGAAAUAGCAGGAGAUAUUAAAACAAAAUUUCCAAAUAAAUGUAUAAAUUUAAUUCAUCCUCAUGAUUAUUUCCCAAAUGAACCAUUAAGUAUUGAAUUUAAAUCAAUGAUUCAAGAUUCAAUAGAAAGAAAUGGAAUAAAUAUUUAUUUAAACACUCGUAUACAGAAAGAGAAUGAUCAAGAAAUCACUGAAGGUAAUUUAAAAACCACAACAAAUAAGACAAUAGAAUCAAACUUAAAUAUUUGGUGUAAUUCAAAAUAUAAUAAUUUACAAUACUUAUCAAAUUCACUUAAAAAUCAAUUUAUAACAGAAGAUAAUCAAAUUAAAAUAAAUGAUUAUUUACAAUUAGAUAAUUCAAUUUUAACAAUACCUAAUUUUUUCGUAUUAGGAGAUUUAGUUAAUUUACCGAUAAUUAAAUCAGCAGGAUGGGCACUUUUUUUUGGAAGACAAACUGCAUCAAAUAUAACAAGUUUGAUAUUUGAAAAUAAAGUUGUUGAACCAUUACCAGAUUUAUCUAAAAUGCCUCGUGGAAUGGUUUUAGUUGGAGGAAAUGAUGAAAUUAUUAGUGAAUUAGCUGGUGAUGUUAGUUUAAAUCAUGAAGGUUAUAAAAAGGAAUAUUUGGAUUAUUGUAUAGGAAAAGUUAGAGCUACACUAGAUUUAUAA